AUGAACUGGAGGUUAGUCUUGGGUCUGGAACCGAUCACCUCGUCGGUGGUGGGGGUGUUGGGGGCCAUCGGAUUGGGCGCCAUAUACUCGACGUGGGAUUACCUGAAGUGCUCGACCGCUGAGUGUUGCCAUCCAUUUGGCGAAGACAAGCGACUCGUGAGGGACUCGUCGGGACACUUGCGAAAACAGUCGUGGAUCGACUACGAGCUGCCACUCCUGGAGCAGAGCCUCAACACUCAACUCCAUGGCCAGCAUUUGGCCAAACAUGUGAUCAAUAAGUUGGUGCCGAAGCACAUGAAGAACGCGACGCCGAAGAAGGCAUUAGUGCUGUCUUUCCACGGCUGGACCGGCGGGGGAAAGAACUUCGUGUCCGAAAUUUUGGCCAAAAACCUAUUCCGGAGGUAUGACGAGACCGGCAAAAGUAAUUUCGUGCGACACGUGAUUACCACCAAAUUUAAUACCAAUGAUAAGUAUCUGAUGGCGCAAUGGAUCAGAGGUAACGUGACGAAUGCCGUGAAGACGUGCGACCGCUCUCUCAUCAUAUUCGAUGAAAUAGCGGAAUUGGUUCCCGGAGUGAUCGAUGUCAUCAAACCAUUCAUUGAUUACAAUCCUGUCGUCGAUUCUAUCGAUUACAGAAAAUCUAUUUUUAUAUUCAUAAGCGAAAUUGGCGGCGCCGCCAUCAAUAAGGCGACCUACGAUCACCACUUGUCUGGCAGAGAGCGCACAGACCUCACAAUGAAAGACUUGGAACCACUCGUCAAUUUCGGGGCUUUCAAUGAAAACGGAGGCCUUUAUAAGAGUGAUAUCGUCGAGAAGAAUCUGAUCGACGCUUUCGUACCAUUCCUUCCGUUGGAGAAAAAGCACAUAAAACUAUGUAUUUAUGAUUAUCUGAGACUUCAUUACAACAAAAGCACGCCAUUAGUAGAUCCCGGAGAAGAGUUCAUUAGAAAAGUUUCCGAUGAGUUGCAGUACUUCCCGUCCGACACUAAACUAUAUUCAAAAACCGGUUGCAAACGAGUCGGUCCUAAAGUGGAUGUCCUCAUGGAAUAAAGUGCUGUAUAGUAUUUAUUAUACCGCACUAUAAUUCAAUUGAAUAUUGUUUUUAUUGCAAGCUUUUUAUGUUGAAUUAAUUUUAAAAUUUAUUUCAUAAGUCACA